AUUUCUCUCUUUCUUUUUCCAACGCGGCCAUGGCGCCGCUCCCUCUCCCCCUCCCGCUUCCCGCCACUCGCCACCCUCCCAAACCGCACGAGGCCUCGGCCUCCGCCUCCGCCUCGCUCCACGCCGCGCUCGCCUCGCUCUCCCAGCAGUGCGGGGCGGGAGGCGGAGGCGGGGGCGCCCUCCGCGACGCCUUCGCCCUCGUCGCCCGCGCCGAGCGCGACGCGUGCCCCGCAGCGGUGGUCUCGGUCGGCCCGGAGGCGUACGCGUCCCUCCUGCAGUGCUGCGUCGCGGCGGGGUGCCUCCGCGCGGGGCGGCAGGUGCACGCCGCCGCCGUCAAGCGCGGGCCCCGCUACUGCCGCCACGCCUACAUCGGCACCAAGCUCGCCGUGUUCUACGCCCGGUGCGGCGCGCUCGGCGACGCCGAGCGCGCGUUCAGCGCGCUCCCGGCCAAGAACGCCUUCGCGUGGGCCGCCGUCAUCGGGAUGUGGAGCCGCGCCGGGCUGCACGGCAAGGCCCUCGCCGGGUACGCCGCCAUGCUCGAGGCGGGCGUUCCCGCGGACAACUUCGUCGUGCCCAACGUGCUCAAGGCCUGCGCGGGGCUCGGGCUGCUUGGCCCCGGCAGAGCGGUGCACGGUUACGCCUGGAAGGCGGGGGUCGGGAACUGCGUGUACGUGAUGAGCAGCCUGGUGGACUUCUAUGGAAAAUGCGGCGAGGUGGAUGAUGCGCGGGAGGUGUUCGACGUAAUGCCGGAGAGGACAGUGGUGAGCUGGAACUCGAUGCUGAUGGGGUAUAUACACAAUGGGAGGAUUGAUGAGGCUGCUGACUUGUUCUAUGAGAUGAGGGUCGAGGGCGUGCUGCCGACAAGGGUGAGUGUUCUGAGCUUUCUGUCCGCAUCCGCGGAUCUUGAGGUUCUUGAUGGGGGAAGGCAGGGCCAUGCAGUUGCAGUAUCAAGCGGCCUGGAGAUGGAUUUGAUUCUGGGCAGUUCAAUGAUCAACUUUUACUGUAAGGUUGGUUUGGUGGAGGCUGCAGAGGUGAUAUUUGAGCAGAUGGUUGAAAGAGAUAUUGUCACCUGGAAUCUGAUGAUUUCAGGAUAUUUGCAGGAUGGGCAAACUGACAAAGCCCUUACCACAUGCCAUAGAAUGCUGGAGAGUGGCCUGAAGUUUGAUUGUGUGACGUUAGCGUCCGUUAUCAUGGCUUGCGUGAAAUCUUACAGAAUGGAGGUGGGUGGAGCUGCUCAUGCUUACGCAGUGAGAAACAAUCUUGAAUCAGAUAAAACGGUUUUUUGUAGCCUGAUAGAAUUGUAUUCAAGUAGUGGGAGAAUCGAACAAAUGCGCAGAGUAUUUGAUUCAAUUAGACGGAGAGAUAUAGCCACGUGGAAAGCGAUGAUCUGUGCUUAUGCAGACCAUGGAAUGGGUUCUGAGGCUCUGAAGCUUUUAUAUCAAAUGCAGCUUGAAGGCACAUCUCCAACUGCAGCAUGUUGGGAUUCAGUACUUUCAGCUUUUAUUCGAAAUGGACAGUUAGAUGAUGCCCUAAGCACCUUCUAUGAGAUGCUUCAAACGAGCACACGCCCCAAUCUGCGGACAUGGAGUCUGUUAAUAAGCGGCUUGUCUCGAAAUGGUAUGCAUCCUGAGGUUAUGAAUCUAUGUUGCAAGAUGCAAGAAGUAGAGCCAGCACCUAGUCCAACAAUAUUUUCUGCAGCACUUCUUGCUGUUAAAUCUGCAGCUUCAGUACAGUAUGGAAAAGCAAUGCACGCAUGCAUUGUUAAGAAGGGCCUAUUAUUGUCGAAAUCUGUGGUGCAGUCGCUGCUAAACAUGUAUGGUAGCUUCAAUGAUAGAGGCACAGUAGAGAGUUUGCUAAGAUUUCUUGCUGCUGCACAGUAAAUAAUUUCAGGGCGUCAAGAAUGUGGUGCUAGUAAAAUAGGACAUACAGGUUUACAGGUUACAGCUGUACAUAAAUACAUGGCGUUUGCACAUAUGAAUUCACAUUCAUAAUACAAUUCCUAUUUUGAGUGAUGGAGUAUGGACUAAAUCAGAGUGGUCAUGAAACAAAGAUACGUCAUACCAGUUUGAUACGAAAUAACAUCUCUUACAUGAUUGUAUUAACCUUGCAGAUACAUUACAGAGUAUGCAUCUAUUGUUGGGAGGCAUUAUUCCUAAAAUCAGAAGGUUCUGAUAAAAGAACCAAUCACCUUAAAGGGCUGAAACCAGCGAGUAAACAGUGUUUCUGUGGCCACAUGACUCUCUUUGAGACCUACAGCUAGUCAGCUACAAGUGGUUGAAUAAUUUCAAGAAAAGCAUAACUGUUUUAGUCACUGUAACGAUGAAUAUGAUAACAUGCUGACAGAUGUGCUGCAGUUCUGUUGUCAUCCAAUUGUUCGGUUUUGAAUUAGGAUCGCUACUCUGUGCUGGCCCUUUUUCGGAUACUGUCAAAGAACAAUGUCCAGAUGUUAUGGGCAACUUAUUAUCAUUAUAUAGGUCAUUACUUCUUUUCACACUGCAAACAAAAGUGUAACUGUAUAUUCCUCCUGUAAAGUGUCAACUCAUUGUACAUAUCUUUCUGAACAACUAUACACAGCACUUUUCCACUCCA